GCAACUGUUACCAAUUAAGACCCAACAGUUACAUUAAAAAGAAGAAGGGAAAAAAAACCCAAUAAAGCACUAAUGAAAUAGUGUCAGAUUCUUGGCUUGUUGUAAAAGACAUAAAACCAAACAAAGAUGAAAUAAAACUUUUUCCAAUCUGUUUCCAACCACACCCCAUGUUGUCCAUUUCCUCAUUUCUUUAUUCACAAAGACCCCAUAUUUGGUGACAUCUCUGAUUUUCUAGCUAUUUUCUAUUCAUUCUCCUAUCACAAAUUAUCAAAAGUUCUUGUCUUUUUUUCUCAAUCACACUGCAUUGCCACUCAUUCAUCAACUUCAGAUCUGUCAAUUUUUUUUCUCUCUGUGUGUGUUUCUGUUGAAGAUUCAUUGACUUCAGCUAAAAUUUGAGGUGGGUUUUCUUUUUUGUUGCAGAAAAUGAAUAUUCACAUGAUCAAGAUGAUUUUUUUACUAUAAAGGUUUCAUCUUUCAUAAACCCUUUUGUUUUGGGUUGUUGAAUUUGAUUUCAUUGUAUAAAAAUAUUGAAAAACUAGGUUGUUUGUGUGAUUGGAUUGUUUUUACUUUCUGGGGUUUCUUACUUUUACCCUUUUGCAAAAUUUGAUUCUUUUGUUGAAAAUUUGAUUCAAAAAGUGAUUUUGAGGGAAAGAGAAUCAUGAUGGGGAGGGUGAUUGAGGAAAGAUUAUUGAUUGUGUUGAUUUUGGUGAUAGUGAGUUUUAAUGUAGAAGCUCAACAAAAGUCAAUUCUUAUAAAUUGUGGUUCAAAUUCUUCUAUGAAUGUUGAUGGUAGGAAAUGGAUUGGUGAUAUGGUACCUAAUAACAAUGUUACUUUGAAUUCUUCUGGUGUUGUUGCUUCCAUUGAUGCAUUAAGUGGAAAUUCAAUCUAUGAGCCACUUUAUAGAACAGCUAGAAUUUUCACAGAUUCUUUGAAUUACACAAUCAAAGGUGUUCAUGGAAACUAUAUUUUUAGGUUCCAUUUAUGUCCUUUUGAGAUUGUGGACCAUAAUGUGAAUGAGUCCUCUUUUGGUGUUGUUGUUAAUGGUAUGAAACUUUUGUCGGAGUUUAGCGUUCCCGGUAAGAUAUCUGAAAAGAAUGUGAAUUUGCUUAAUGCUGGAAAGAAUUCGAGUUCAUUCUUUUUGAUUAAAGAGUAUAUUCUUGAUGUUAAUGAUGAUAAGCUUGUGAUUGAGUUUAUUCCGAGUAGAAACUCGUUUGGCUUCAUCAAUGCUAUUGAGAUUGUUCCGGUUGUUGGCAAGCUUUUUGAUGGCUCGGUUAGUAAAGUUGGUGGUGAAAACUUGAAUUUGACUGGUCGUGCGAUGGAGACUAUGUAUAGGUUAAAUGUUGGUGGUCCUGAGAUUCAGUCCAAUCAGGAUCCGGAUCUUCGGAGACGUUGGGAAGUUGAUUCUAGCUACAUGAUCACGGAAAACGCCGGUGAAAUGAUUAAGAGCAGCUCAAAUAUUACAUAUGCUUCUGUGAAUGAUACUUCAGUGGCUCCUCUACUUGUGUAUGAAACUGCAAGGGCAAUGUCCAACACUGAAGUCUUGGACAAAAGAUUUAACAUGUCAUGGAAAUUUGAAGUAGAUCCUGAUUUCGAUUAUGUGGUUCGGUUGCAUUUCUGUGAGUUGACGUAUGAUAAGUCGAAUGAGAGAGUAUUCAGGAUCUACAUAAACAACAGGACAGCUGCGGAUAAUCUCGAUGUUUUUGUUCGAGCAGGAGGGAAGAAUAAAGCAUAUCACCAGGAUCAUUAUGAUCCUGUGUCGUUGAAGAUUGACACACUUUGGGUCCAACUAGGUCCUGAUACUUCUGCUGUUGCUGCGGGAACCGAUGCUCUCUUGAAUGGUCUAGAGAUUUUUAAGCUUAGUCGAAACGGGAAUCUCGCCUACGUGGAAAAAUUCGACUUGGCUGGGAAUUCCGGAAGCAAAUCAAACUCAAAACUUCUUUGGGUUGGAGUAGGAGCAGGUGUAGCUUCUGUAGCUAUAAUUGCAUGUAUCGGUGUCUUUGUUUUCUGUUUCUGCAAAAGAAGGAGAAUAGAGUCAAAUGAUGCCAAAAACAAUUCUCCAGGUUGGCGACCGAUAUUCCUUUAUGGCGGGGCUGCUGUAAACAGCUCUGUAGGUGGCAAGGGAUCAACAGGAAAUCAAAAGUUAUAUGGAUCUGUGGCUUCAACCGGAGCUGGUAAGCGGUUUACGUUGGCUGAAAUCAACGCUGCAACGAAUAAUUUUGAUGAGAGCUUGGUCAUCGGAGUUGGAGGCUUUGGUAAGGUGUAUAAGGGAGAGGUUGAUGAUGGUGUGCCUGCUGCAAUUAAGCGCGCCAAUCCGCAUUCUGAACAAGGUCUUGCUGAAUUUGAGACCGAAAUCGAGAUGCUCUCAAAACUAAGACAUAGACAUUUGGUGUCUUUGAUUGGUUUCUGUGAAGAAAAAAGUGAAAUGAUUUUGGUUUAUGAAUACAUGGCAAAUGGAACUCUAAGAAGUCAUCUAUUUGGUAGUGAGCUCCCUCCACUAACUUGGAAGCAACGUCUCGAAGCCUGCAUCGGUGCUGCAAGGGGACUUCACUACCUUCACACAGGGGCCGACCGUGGAAUAAUUCACCGAGAUGUCAAAACAACCAAUAUACUGUUAGAUGAGAAUUUUGUAGCGAAAAUGGCUGAUUUCGGUUUGUCUAAAGACGGUCCUGCUUUUGAACAUACUCAUGUUAGCACUGCUGUGAAAGGAAGUUUCGGCUAUCUCGAUCCAGAGUAUUUCAGAAGACAACAGUUAACCGAGAAAUCAGACGUUUACUCUUUUGGAGUUGUUCUAUUCGAAGCUAUUUGUGCUAGAGCUGUGAUAAACCCUACCUUGCCUAAAGACCAGAUCAACCUUGCAGAAUGGGCAAUGAGAUGGCAAAGAGAAAGAUCACUCGAAAAAAUCAUCGAUCCAAAUCUUAUAGGAAAUUAUUGCCCCGAAUCAUUGUCUAAGUUUGGGGAGAUAGCAGAAAAAUGUCUUGCCGAUGAUGGUAAAAGCCGUCCCACCAUGGGAGAGGUGCUGUGGCACUUGGAGUAUGUCUUGCAGCUGCACGAAGCUUGGCUCAACAAGGACAAUAGCGCAGAUAAUUCCUUCUCUAGCAGUCAAGCUUUGAGCGGUCCACAAGAUGGAAGUGUUGAAGUUGCGAAGGAGCAUCCAAAUCAAGAUGAAGAGGUUGAUUUGAAUGCUGCAAUUUGAAGAACAAUGACCUUAUAUUAUAUAGCUAAUAUCCUCUACAUAUUCUUUCUAUUUGUUUUAUUGAAUUCAAGUUUCAUAUUAUUAUUACUGUUUUUUAGUAUCUGAUUCUUGGAUACAUAUGGUGGUAUUGGAUUUUCAAACAUUUUGUCUUGUCACAAAAAAAGUGUCAAUAUUUGUGAUAUGCAUUGCUUUUAGCAUUGAGUUGUAACUAAUUGUAUUAUUACUGAGAUAUUUCUUCUCAAAAGUUCAUAUUAAUAGCUUCAUUAGUUA